AUGGCGGAUGAACUUCUCGAUGAGAUAGAAGCCAUCAAUUCAAUUUAUGGCGACUCGAGCCUGGUGCGCAGCGAGGAUGACGUCGAUACCAUCUAUGUGUUGCAGCUGCCUGGCGAUGAGGCUUCUUCGCUAAAACUACGUUUCCCGGACACAUAUCCGGCUUCGGAGCCUCCAGAGGCCCUCGCUACACAUCACAGCUCUAAGGGAGAACGGGGUGCUGGCGCCAGAGACCUACGGAUAUUUCGCGAAGCACUGGCUGAAGUCUUCUCGCCUGGGCUUGUCUGUCUGUUCGAUGCUGUCGAGGAGUUCAACAGAAAAUUGGAGGACGAAAAAGAACAAGAAGAACCUGAGCAGCAUAUUUCUUCAAAUAGUAACGAAGAGCAAGAACACGCCGUUGACCUGUCGUCUCUUCCUGCGCCGCCGUGGACGCUAUCUGAAGUCUUGGUCGAUAUGAAGUCAACAUUCAUAGCACACGUUGCGCCAGUAACAUCACCUGCGCAAGCCAAAUUAUACGUUGAACAGCUCCUCCAUUCAGAUAAGCGAAUACGCACUGCUACCCAUAACAUUACGGCAUGGCGCAUUCGUGGGGACGGCAGUUCGAGUUACCAGGACUGCGAUGACGAUGGAGAGGAUGCCGCAGGCGGCCGGCUACUUCACUUAAUGCAGCUUAUGGAUAUUUGGGAUGCGAUGGUGGUAGUUACACGAUGGUAUGGCGGUGUGAAGCUGGGACCGAAGAGAUUUGCAGUCAUUAAUACAGUUGCGAGAGACGCAUUUGUUCAUGCCGGGAUGGUGGAGGAGAAGAAGAAGGGCAAAUGA